CUCCCAGCCAAGAACCUCGGGGCCGCUGCGCGGUGGGGAGGAGUUCCCCGAAACCCGGCCGCUAAACGAGGCCUCCUCCUCCCGCAGAUCCGAACGGCCUGGGCGGGGUCACCGCGGCUGGGACAAGAAGCCACCGCCUGCCUGCCCGGGCCCGGGGAGGGGGCUGGGGCCGGAGGCGGGGUGUGAGUGGGUGUGUGCGGGGGGCGGAGGCUUGAUGCAAUCCCGAUAAGAAAUGCUCGGGUGUCUUGGGCACCUAGCCGCGGGGCCCGUAAGGCGCUACUAUAUAAGGCUGCCGGCCGGAGCCGCCCCGCCGUCGGAGUAGGAGCGCUGCGUCCAGGAUCGAGGGCCACGGCCAUCCCAACCCAGCACUCACACCCCCGCAGCGCAUCCAGGUCGCAGCCCAGCCUCCCGCACCCCCAUCGCCGGAGCUGCGCCGAGAGCCCCAGGGAGGUGCCAUGCGGAGCGGGUGUGUGGUGGUCCACGCCUGGAUCCUGGCCAGCCUCUGGCUGGCCGUGGCCGGGCGUCCCCUCGCCUUCUCGGAUGCGGGGCCCCACGUGCACUACGGCUGGGGCGACCCCAUCCGCCUGCGGCACCUGUACACCUCCGGCCCCCACGGGCUCUCCAGCUGCUUCCUGCGCAUCCGCACCGACGGCGUCGUGGACUGCGCGCGGGGCCAAAGCGCGCACAGUUUGCUGGAGAUCAAGGCAGUAGCUCUGCGGACCGUGGCCAUCAAGGGCGUGCACAGCGUGCGGUACCUCUGCAUGGGCGCCGACGGCAAGAUGCAGGGGCUGCUUCAGUACUCAGAGGAAGACUGUGCUUUCGAGGAGGAGAUCCGCCCUGAUGGCUACAAUGUAUACCGAUCCGAGAAGCACCGCCUCCCGAUCUCCCUGAGCAGUGCCAAACAGAGGCAGCUGUACAAGAACAGAGGCUUUCUUCCACUCUCUCAUUUCCUGCCCAUGCUGCCCAUGGCCCCAGAGGAGCCUGAGGACCUCAGGGGCCACUUGGAAUCUGACGUGUUCUCUUCGCCCCUGGAGACCGACAGCAUGGACCCAUUUGGGCUUGUCACCGGACUGGAGGCGGUGAGGAGUCCCAGCUUUGAGAAAUAACUGAGGUCAUGCCCAGGCCUCUUCACUGCUGCCAGGGGCUGUGGUACCUGCAGAGUGGAGGCUGUGCUUCUACAACAGCAGUCCUGAGUCCAUGUUCUGUUUAGCUUUAGGAAGAAACAUCUAGAAGUUGUACAUAUUCAGAGUUUUCCAUUGGCCGUGCCAGUUUCUAGCCAAUAGACUUGUCUGAUCAUAACAUUGUAAGCCUGUAGCUUGCCCAGCUGCUGCCCGGGCCCCCAUUCUGCUCCCUCGAGGUUGCUGGACAAGCUGCUGUGCUGUCUCAGUCCUGCUUGAAUAUCUCCACUGAUGGGGAACUCACUUCCUUUGGAAAAAUUCUUACGUCAAGCUGAAAUUCUCUAAUUGUUUUUCUCAUUACUUCCCCAGGAGCAGCCAGAAGACAGGCAGUGGUUUUAAUUUCAGGAACAGGUGAUCCACUCUGUAAAACAGCACGUAAAUUUCACUCAACCCCAUGUGGGAAUUGAUCUGUAUCUCUACUUCCAGGGACCAUUUGCCCUUCCCAAACCCCUCCAGGCCAGAACUGACUGGAGCAGGCAUGGCCCACCAGGCUUCAGGAGUAGGGGAAGCCCGGAGCCCCACUCCAGCCCUGGGACAUCUUGAGAAUUCCCCCUGAGGCCAGUUCUGUCAUGGAUGCUGUCCUGAGAAUAACUUGCUGUCCCCGGUGUCACCUGCUUCCAUCCCCCAGCCCACCAGCCCUCUGUCCACCUCACAUGUCUCCCCAUGGAUUGGGGCUUCCCAGGCCCCCAACUUAUGUCAACCUGCACUUCUCGUUCAAAAACCAGGAAAAGAAAAGAUUUGAAGACCCUAAGUCUUGUCAAUAACUUGUGGUGUGGAAGCAGCGGGGGAAGACUUAGAACCCUUUCCCCAGCACUUAGUUUUCCAACAUGAUAUUUAUGAGUAAUUUAUUUUGAUAUGUACAUCUCUUAUUUUCUUACAUUAUUUAUGCCCCCAAAUUAUAUUUAUGUAUGUAAGUGAGGUUUGUUUUGUACAUUAAAAUGGACUUUGUUUGUAUCAAAA